CACUCACACUCACACACUGAGCCCUGCUGGACCUGGAUACUUACUGCUACUUUGUAUCUCUGUGAGUUGGGACUGUCCCACUGGAAGUGGCUGAAUGAGUCCUCAUUGCUCCUGCAGCCAGUGAUUGAUCCUGCUGCCAGUCCUGUCAGGGUGCUGACAGUCCCUGUUUGUCUCCUAGGUGCUGCCCCCAUGCAGGGCUGAUCUGGCUCUUGGUCCCAGCAGACUGUGCCCACCCUCCUCACCAUGCUGUUUGAGAGCUUUGACCUGGUGUCUGCUCUGGUCACCCUGGCAGCUUGCCUGGUCUCAGUAGUUCUCCUGCUGGCUGUGUCCCAACAACUGUGGCAACUGAGAUGGGCUGCUACCCGAGACAAGACCUGCAAGCUUCCCAUCCCUAAGGGCUCCAUGGGAUUCCCUCUGGUGGGGGAGACCUUCCACUGGAUCCUGCAGGGAUCGGGUUUCCAGUCCUCUCGGAGAGAGAAAUAUGGCAACGUGUUUAAGACCCACUUGUUGGGUCGUCCCCUAAUCAGGGUGACAGGAGCUGAGAAUGUCAGGAAGAUCCUGAUGGGGGAACAUCACUUGGUCAGCACGGAGUGGCCAAGGAGCACGCGUAUGUUGCUUGGACCCAACAGUUUGGCCAACUCUAUUGGAGACAUCCACAGACACAAACGGAAGGUGUUUUCAAAAAUCUUCAGCCAAGAGGCUUUGGAAACCUAUCUUCCAAAAAUACAGUUAGUGAUUCAGGACACUUUGAGAGUUUGGAGCAGUAAUCCCGAGCCCAUCAAUGUUUACUUUGAGGCCCAGAAGUUGACGUUCCGCAUGGCCCUCCGUGUUCUCCUAGGAUUUCGACUGUCUGAUGAGGAGCUCAAUCAUCUCUUCCAAGUGUUUCAGAAGUUUGUGGAGAAUGUUUUCUCCUUACCGGUAGACCUGCCCUUCAGUGGAUACAGAAGGGGCAUUCGAGCACGGGAGACUCUUUUAAGGAGCUUGGAGAAAGCCAUACAGGAAAAACUCCAGAAUACCCAGGGCAAAGACUAUGCCGACGCUUUGGAUGUCCUAAUUGAAAGUGGGAAGGAACAUGGCAAGGAGCUCACCAUGCAAGAACUCAAGGAUGGGACCCUGGAACUAAUAUUUGCAGCCUAUGCCACAACAGCAAGUGCCAGUACUUCUCUCAUCAUGCAGCUCCUGAAGCAUCCGCACGUCCUUGAGAAACUGCGAGAAGAGCUGCGAGGAAACGGCAUCCUGCAUAAUGGCUGUGUGUGCGAAGGUGCCCUGCGGGUGGACACAAUAACCAGUCUUCAUUAUUUGGACUGUGUGAUUAAGGAGCUCCUGCGCCUCUUCAGUCCUAUCUCAGGGGGCUACAGGACAGUUCUGCAAACCUUUGAGCUUGAUGGUUUUCAGAUCCCGAAAGGAUGGAGUGUUUUGUACAGCAUCCGGGACACUCAUGACACAGCUCCAGUCUUCAAGGAUAUUGAUGUCUUUGAUCCAGAUCGCUUUGGCCGAGAACGCACAGAAGAUAAAGAUGGCAGGUUCCAUUAUUUGCCAUUCGGGGGUGGUGUACGGAACUGUUUGGGGAAACAGCUGGCAAAGCUGUUUUUGAAGACCUUGGCAAUUGAACUGGCCAGUAUGAGCCGGUUUGAACUGGCCACCAGGACUUUCCCAAAAAUCAUGCCAGUCCCUGUGGUCCAUCCAGCUGAUGAACUGAAGGUCCGGUUCUUUGGACUAGAUUCCAACCAAAAUGAGAUCUUGACAGAGACAGAAGCAAUGCUGGGUGCAACAGUGUAACCGUCAACUCAUCUUGCUCUUCUUAAAUCUUAAACAUUUCCACCUAAGAGAAAACAAUGUGGGAAAUAAGCACACAGUUAAAAACAAAGCCAAUCUAUAGCAAAGAUAAAUAUAUCUACAGUACUAACUUAAAUAUACCGAGCCACCAAACCAUGAACAUAUUAUCUCUGUGGAAUGCUUAAAUUAAAAUGAUUGCAUAUUUACACUAAGUGAAAAUGGAUCCAGGUCCCGUAUUUAUGAAUCCUGCUGCAGAAAGGACAUAUCAGAACUUUUGUUGGGGAAGGACUUAAGACAUGGAUUUUUUUUAGAGCUGGUUGUGGAUCAUUCUGGUCUCUCCAGCAGUUUACAAGACCUUCCCCACUGAUGCUCUUUCUUAUUUACUCCAAAAGUUGUUUCACAGUGUUACAUACAUCAGGGAUAACAGGGUUUUUGUUCUGUUGUUUCUAGAUCUGCCUUAUUUUACUGUCUAAAAAUAUAAAUAUAUAUUUACAAAAGAAAAAAAAAAUGAAGCAUUUUGACGGAAGCUAAUAAUAACGGGUCAAUAUGUUGAGCGUAUUUUUAGGUGCAGAAGUUUGGUAAGAUAUGAUCAUAGCAUAUACCAUCCGAGGUAAGCUUGGUUUCACACAAUGCUAACCUUCUAUAGUUCAAAAAACAUUAUAUAUGCUACAGAUCACACAGGUUGAUCGAGGGAAAAAAAAGGCCCAGCAAAAUCACUGGAGGUGAAGAAUAAUUAAAUUUUUAUCCCAGAUGAAGCUAAAGGUGGACACCACUUAAGGGUUUCCUUACCUACUUAAAAUACAAGCAAGGUGGGUCCAAGACCCCAAGUUUGCUCUUGGUAUCUCCAUGCUCCACACUGUACAACAGUUUUCUAUUUACACUGUUUUCUAAUUGCUUUGAUUGGAAGAUCCAUGGGCGAGGAAGUGUGCAUUGUGACAAGUAAGGGAUGUCAGUAGACGCUUUCCAUUAACAAAGUUUUGGUUUGCUCAUCUGCGUAACAUUGUGAGUAACCAAGUGCCUUAAAUCUUGUGAGCUGCUCUGUAAUGGAUCUUAGUGAGUAAAAACUUGAUACAGCUGAUAAUCUUUAUGGCAUGGUUACAACACUUUUUAUUUACUCCUUCUAUGCUGAAACAUUACAAGGCAGUAUAGAGCCACCAGUACGAUUUUUUUUUUUGGUCUGUGUAUUCAUAUACUGCUCCAUCACAGAUAUCACAUGGUGUCAUCUGUUCUUAUGUAAGGGAAAGACCAUUUCAUUGCAUUUGUUUAUGCUCGUUUGUAAAUCCUCUUCUUUUUACACAUUGGUCUGAACAUCAACAUCAUGUGAUAUUGAGACCAGACAGUAUAGAUUCAUUCGAGCAUUGCAACAACAAUGGCUUGACACCAGACCCUUUUAGAAAAUGUCAUAGGCGCAACCUACAGUUAUUUAGUUUGUCAUAUUUUGUCGUUGACUAAGCAGCAGUUAGGAUUCCCUGUCCUAACCACAAUUUUAAGCUCAGUCUUCAGUUAUACUUUUGUGCAGAUAACGUUGUUGCACGGAAGCUAGAUUAAGCUGGAAUUUAGUUCAUCUUGUUGAAAGUGCCUAGUUAAUCCCUUACCCAAUGACUAAGGUAGGCAAGUUCGUCUUGGCAAACAUUACACUUACGUGGAGUUCUCCUGACACUCAUAGUAAGGCUUCUAAGUACCACAAGGAAUUGAAAAGGUUACUCCAGUUAUCACAACCACUGCGGCACAAUAAUGGUUAUGAUGCCAGAAGAACCCUGGCUCAGUUCCACAGUAAUGAUGCUAACUAUUAAUAAGUGGAUUGCCCCGUUAGCUCUGACCUUGCCAGACUUUGAGGCUCCCUCGUGGUCCGGUGACUCUCUUCCACCUCCUACAAUGCUGCAGAAGCCAGAAGCUGCAGUUGUUGCCAUUCAUUCAGCCAAUGACUGAUGAUGAUUCUAGCACCAUAACAACUUCAAGUCACGCAAGUUUUCUUAGUGCUUGGG